GUAAAAAUUCUUGGAGCAACUGUCCCUGUGUGUGUCAUAGCCCCAAUUGGCAGUUUUCUGAUUUGUAUAUUACUAUGUGAAGCUGCCCUCAGGGUCGCAAAAUGCUGAAACCGAAGGCCCUCACUCAGGUUCUCAGCCAGGCUAACACCGGUGGUGUGGAAAAUACUCUAUUACUCAGCAGGGAUGGAGGCCUUCUGGCAUACAGUGGAUAUGGAGAUAAAGAUGCUAGAGUUACAGCUGCGAUAACCAGUAAUAUUUGGUCAGCAUAUGAGAAGAAUGGAAGAAAUGCCUUCAAAGAGGAUGAGCUGCAGUUUGUUCUCAUGGAUUGUCUGGAGGGAAAAGUUGUCAUAACAGAAGUAGCAAAUCUUUUGUUAUGUCUCUACGCAAAGGAGAACGUAGGUUUUGGUCUGCUGAGAGAAAAAGCGCAGGCCCUCGCCAAAUACCUUGAUGGACCUCUGAAAACCAUCGCCAGUAUGCCCUGAAAAAAUUCCACAGCCUCUCAUUCACCGAGAGUAAUCUUUUCCAAAUACAUAAUUUUUUCCAUGUAUUUUGUAUCGGACUGUAUAUAAUGAAUGUACGUUAAUUAAGAGAUUUGUUUUUCUAAGGCAGUGGAAGAAAUGGUAGUGAGUUAAGUGGUCCAACCAAUUGUACAAUAAAGUCUUUAUUUAAUCUUUAAAAUCA